AUGCUAGGUUCAGACUUGUCUAUUGGAAGUCAUUCAUUCCAUGGGGUUUCUUCGGUCUCAAGGUUCGGCGAGGCCUCCCCGUAUCACCAGAACCCACCACUUUCUGUAUAUCCACGUUCGUUAUUGGAACAUGUUGUUAGCCUUGAUAUCGACCAUCAACCCAAAUAUGUUCGAAAUACUGGUAUAAUAUGCACCAUCGGUCCUGCUUGUCGCACUGUCGAGAUGCUACAAAAUAUGAUGACAUCUGGAAUGAAUAUUGCCCGUCUGAACUUCUCUCACGGCAGUCACGAAUAUCAUGCGAAAACCAUUGAGUUGGUCCGAGAGGCUGCCUCAACUUUAAAACCGUUCCCUCGACCAAUAGGGAUUGCUUUGGACACCAAGGGACCUGAAAUUCGUACUGGCCUCAUUAAUGGGAGUGGGACCGCUGAAGUCAAUCUUCAAGUUGGUCAUAAAAUCCGUAUAACCACUGAUUGCGCAUACAUGGAAGCAUGUAAUGAGUCUAUUCUGUAUGUGGACUACCGAAAUAUUGUACAUGUUCUGUCUAAAGGAUCAAAGAUUUUCGUUGAUGAUGGUUUGAUAAGCUUAGUGGUUUUGGAUAAAGGUCCUGAUUACCUUGAAUGCGAAGUUGAAAAUGGUGGAAAGCUAGGGUCUCGUAAAGGAGUUAAUCUCCCAGGAGCCCAUGUCGAUUUAGAAGCAGUAUCGGAAAAGGACAAACAAGAUCUUCGUUUUGCAGUUGAGCAUAACGUUGACAUGGUGUUUGCCUCUUUCAUUCGGAAUGCUGAUGCUGUACACCAGAUCCGUCAACUUCUCGGCAGUAAUGGUUCCCACAUUAAAAUCAUCGCUAAAAUCGAAAACCAUGAAGGCGUCCAAAGAUUUAAUGAAAUUCUUGAUGCUGCUGAUGGAAUUAUGGUUGCUCGUGGUGAUCUAGGGAUAGAAAUCCCUGCUGAAAAAGUUUUCAUUGCACAAAAGAUGAUGAUUGGUCGCUGUAAUCAGGUUGGUAAGCCUGUGAUAUGUGCCACACAAAUGUUGGAGUCAAUGACUACUAAGCCUCGUCCAACACGUGCUGAAUCAAGUGACGUUGCUAAUGCCGUACUUGAUGGUGCAGACUGUGUUAUGCUUUCAGGAGAAACAGCCAAAGGAUUAUAUCCAUUAGAGUCUGUACAAACUAUGCACCGUAUAUGUGUACAGGCUGAGGCAGCAAUGUUUCAUGGACAAUUGUUUGAAGAUUUGAAAGCUUCUUUAUAUGGUCCAACUGAAAUGGCUCACACCACUGCAAUUGCUGCAGUAGAAGCUGCUAGUCGUUGUAAUGCUGCCGCUAUUAUUGUAAUUACAACAUCUGGCCGUUCAUGCCAACUGAUCUCACGCCAUAGACCUCGUUGCCCAAUUCUCACUGUGACACGUCAUGAAUUUAUUGCUCGUCAAAUUCACCUUUAUCGUGGUGUUCAUCCUCUCUAUUAUGGUGAACCACGAGCUGGAGAAUGGUAUGAAGAUAUGGAUCGUAGAAUUCGCUAUGCUAUUGAUUAUGGUAGAAAGCGUUCAUUUUUCUCGCCUGGGUGCUUCGUAAUAAUCGUAACUGGUUGGAAAGCUGGUUCCGGUUCUACAAACACACUUCGUGUUGUCAAACUAGAAGAUGCAGAAACUAAGCCAAUAGUUAUGGUGCCAAGUAUUACACACUUUGAUGAUUAG